UAUAAUUGUUAAAAAGUUAACAAAAGAGGAAUAAACAAGAGAUAGAGAGAGAGAGAGAAUAGUUCGUCGAAAGAGUUUUAACUUUGAGGAGCCGCUGAGAAAACCAAAGCUUCACUCUGAUUCGCAGAGACAACAUCGAUAAAACGCGAAGAACAGAAACUGCUCAGAUUUUUAAAUUUGAUUAUUUUCUUCUCUUUAAUCCAAUCUCAAGGAAUCAUGAACAGAUCGGGAUCGAAGAUUUCGCUGUUCUAAGCUUCCGGGUUUGAUUCUUUCUCCCUCUUCUCGUGAAAUUGGAGAUCUGGAUCUCGAAAGCUCGCGACUUUGCGCGUGUUGUGAUUCGAAAUUCGAAGACUUUUAAUCCAAGCCGAGCGAUUUUUUGGAAGACAUGUUGGAGAAUCGAUCACCAGAUUCGUGUUUGAGUUCAAGGCUUUUCUCCGAAUCAACCUGGUCCAAGUCUUUCAUGUUUCCACAGGAUGACGACGACAAUAAGCUCAGCAACGGCAACGGCAACGGCAAGAAGAGAGCUUUGGAGGUUGUUGGUGAGAUCAGAGGCACCAAGUCGCUUAAACUAAUGGGUUUCUCUAUUACAUACGAUAGCGAUUCCUCUGACUAUUCUGAAGAUGGGUCUAUUCAGGAGCAAGAGCAAGGUGAUUCCAACACCAACGGUGGUGAUUCCUCUGAUUCACAUUCCCUUAUCAACGAGAUUGGUCGGGACAACUCCAUCGACUGUCUGAUCCGCUGCUCGCGGUCUGAUUACGGCUCCAUCGCUUCCUUGAGUAGAAACUUCCGUUCUUUGGUGAAGAGUGGAGAUAUCUAUAAGCUGAGACGGCAAAACGGUUACGUGGAGCAUUGGGUUUACUUCUCUUGCCAGCUCCUUGAGUGGGUUGCGUUUGAUCCUGUAGAGAGAAGGUGGAUGCAGUUGCCAACGAUGCCUUCUAGUGUCACCUUCAUGUGUGCAGAUAAGGAGUCUUUAGCCGUUGGCACGGAUCUUCUCGUCUUAGGAAAAGAUGAUUUCUCUUCUCAUGUAAUAUACAGAUACAGCCUUCUAACUAAUUCUUGGUCUUCCGGUAUGAAGAUGAACUCUCCGAGGUGUUUGUUUGGAUCAGCUAGUCUCGGAGAGAUUGCUAUAUUCGCUGGCGGUUGUGACUCUCAGGGGAAGAUUCUUGACUUCGCUGAGAUGUACAACUCCGAGCUUCAGACUUGGGUGACUCUUCCUCGGAUGAACAAACCGAGGAAGAUGUGUUCAGGGGUCUUCAUGGACGGUAAGUUCUACGUCAUUGGUGGGAUCGGCGGUGCUGAUGCCAAAGCCUUGACGUGCGGGGAAGAGUAUGACCUUGAGGCCAAGAAAUGGACUGAAGUCCCUGACUUGUCGCCUCCGAGAAGCCGUGCUGAUCAAGCUGAUGCGCGGCCAGCGGCUGAAGCGCCACCUCUUGUUGCGGUUGUGAAUAACCAGCUGUACGCAGCUGAUCACGCGGACAUGGAGGUGAGGAAGUAUGAUAAGGAGAAGAAGAAAUGGUUGACUAUUGGGAGGUUGCCUGAGAGAGCUGGCUCGGUUAAUGGAUGGGGGCUUGCUUUUAGAGCUUGUGGGGAGAGGUUGAUAGUUAUAGGUGGACCAAAGUACUCGGGAGGUGGGUUUAUAGAGCUGAAUUCAUGGACACCGAGGGACGGUGAUCCACCACAGUGGACGUUGCUUGAUAGGAAACAUUCUCCUAACUUUGUGUACAAUUGUGCAGUGAUGGGUUGCUGAAACAACAUUUGAAGACCCUCUCCAGAUUCUUGUUGUUGAUGGGUCAAAAAGACUCCAUUGAAGGUUCCAAGCCUCUCUCUCCAACCCUUUAUGCUUCUUCCUCUUCUGUAUUUGUUUUUCUUUACAAAAAAAUUUCAAUUUGAAUACAAUCAUCUCUGUAUUGGUAGAGGACCAGAAAAAGGAAACAGGUUAUAAUAAGUUGGCUAAAAGUUAAAAAGCUUUUUUUAGAGUUUGCCAGUAUCAUCUGGUUAACAUUGUUGUAUGUGUUUUUAAUCCAUUUGUUUCCUAAUAAGUUGUUAUGUUUGUAGAGCCCA